CUGUUUCAGCUGGUCUCUCUCAGUUCUGCAAACUCUGGCUGAUCCUGGAUCUCCAUGAUUUCAUUACUUUGAAAGCUCAUCAUACAUCAGUAGAAAAGAGGGCGUUAGAGAUUCAGAUUAUACUACUUCAGAACCUUGGAUGUGACUAAUGAUGCAAUCUAUGACACUCUUUAAACUCAAGUUUGGGCUCACUUCAGUCAGAAUGAGGAACUGGUCGGUUGGAAUCUCUGUCAUGAUUCUUACAUUGAUCUUCAUCAUCCUUUAUGAACAACCUGGUCAUAGACUUACAAAUAAGAAUCACACUGUUGAUGAGUUUGAUGUAGAAGGAGAGAGUCGUGUUCAGGAGCCAGCAAAGAAGCCACAUUUAAUCAGUUUGGAAGAUCUUGAUUACCUCUUUUCAAACAAUAGCGUUUACUACAAAGAAGAAGAUGAAACUAAUGGGUUUCUUGUGUGGUCUCUUAUGCGUCCGUUUCUCGAAAGGCUAGACGCUUUGCCAGAAACUGGUCAAGGGAUUGAAGAGGCUGCAUUGGCAAUGAAAGGUUUAGUCUCUCUGAUCAACAAAGAGAAAAGAGCUUCUGGUAUGGUCUCUAUGAAAGCUAGAAGAGCUUGUCCAGAUUUUGUAAAUGCAGAUUUGUCUAAUGUACUUGAGCUCCCGUGUGGUUUAAGUGAAGAUUCCUCUAUCACUUUUGCUGGUGUUCCUGAUGAACAUUCAACAAGCUUCCAGAUUCACCUCGUUGGCUCAGGCAUCUUGCGUUAUGAUGUGAACUUUUCUAAGCCAUCCAUAGUGCAAAAUACAUGGACAGAGAAGUUAGGAUGGGGUAAUGAAGUGAGAUGCCCAUCUCAUGGAUCAUUUAAGAACCAAAUAGUUGAUGAGCUUCCUCUCUGCAACGAACAGACAAGUAGAAUCACUUUGGAAGAGAGUUCCAACGAAGAUGCAAUGAUGGAUGAUUUUCCAUUUCUCAGAGGCAAUCCUUUCACUGCCACAUUGUGGUUUGGCUUACAAGGUUUUCAUAUGACUGUUAAUGGGCGGCACGAGACUUCAUUUCCUUACAGGGAGAAGCUUGAGCCGUGGUUAGUCAGUGCUGUGAAAGUCUCUGGUGGUCUGAAACUUUUAUCUGUCUCAGCCACAAGACUGCCUGUUCCUGGUGAGCAUCAUGCUUCUUUAGCUAUUGAAGAGAAACUUAAAGCUCCAUCUCUUUCCGGGACAAGGAUAACAUUGCUGGUUGGUGUUUUCUCCACUGGGAAUAACUUCAAGAGACGUAUGGCAUUGAGAAGAUCUUGGAUGCAGUAUGAGGCAGUAAGAUCUGGAAAAGUCGCUGUUCGGUUUCUCAUUGGCCUUCACACUAACGAGCAAGUCAAUUUAGAGAUGUGGAGAGAAGCUAAAACAUAUGGUGACAUUCAGUUUAUGCCUUUUGUUGAUUACUAUGGUUUACUUAGCCUGAAAACAGUUGCUCUUUGCAUUCUUGGGACCAAAGUAAUCCAAGCAAAAUACAUAAUGAAGACAGAUGAUGAUGCAUUUGUCCGGAUCGAUGAACUGUUAUUGAAUCUAAAGGACAAUCCGUCUAGUGCACUUUUGUAUGGUUUGAUAUCAUUUGAUUCAUCGCCAGACCGUGAGCAAGGCAGCAAAUGGUACAUUCAUAAAGAGGAGUGGCCUCUAGAUUCAUAUCCUCCAUGGGCACAUGGCCCUGGCUACAUCAUCUCUCAGGAUAUCGCAAAGUUUGUGGUGAAGGGUCACCGUGAAAGAGAUCUUAGACUUUUCAAGCUGGAAGAUGUGGCUAUGGGGAUAUGGAUUCAACAAUACAACCAGACAGUAAAAAGAGUGAAGUACAUGAAUGACAAAAGGUUUCAUAAUAGUGGCUGUAAACCAAAUUACAUUCUUGUUCAUUACCAAACUCCUAGGCUGGUUUUGUGCCUUUGGGAGAAGCUGCAAAAGGAGAGCCAAUCUGUUUGCUGUGAAUAGAUCUCUCAGUCAUGUUGCAAAGAUUAUGACUUUGAUGAAAUUUUCUACCAAAGUUAUGGAGGUGCAUUUAGAAACCAAUGGUAACCAAUCCCAAAGUACUCAUGUUCUUGGAUAUUGGGUUAUUUUGUAUACAAAUACAUACUAACAUAAUAUAUGUUUCCUUUAUUCUUCUUUGUUGUUAUUGGAUACGGUAACUAUUUCC